AGAUAAGUAGGUUAAAGUGUAUGAUGACAGUGGAUAUCCAGAGAGUUAUUGUAUUUCAGAUAUAGUAUUACUGGAGCAAAGACCACGCAGCAGGAACAAUGAAUAAGAAAAGAUACUUUUUGGAGCCUCCAGAGGUUAAAGAUUACCUCGUCAAGGGUGAAAGAUUUACCAAGUGGUCAGAGGACUCAACAAAGACUGUUCCUGUUACUAUGAAGUUGGACCCCAAAGGCUUUUAUGUCUACUGGAUUAACCAAAGCAAGGAGACAACAUUCUUGGAUGUUGCUACCAUCAGAGAUACCAGAACAGGAAAAUAUGCAAAACUUCCCAAACAUCCAAAAGUCCGCAAUGUGUUCAACCUGGAUUUCCCAGACAGCAACCAUCUCGCCAAAACCCUGACCAUCGUCUCAGGUCCAGACACAGUCAAUCUGACCUAUCAUAACUUCUUUGCCUCAAAAGAGAAAGUGACCCAGAAUUGGGCAAAUGAUAUUCUUGCAAUUGUCUACAAUGCUGCAAGAAAUAAUUCAUGCAGACAAGUCUUCCUGGACAAAAUAUUCGUCCGCCUGUCUCUGCAGACCAACAAAGAUGGCAAGAUCCCAGUGAAAAACAUCUAUAAGAUGUUUUCCGCCGACAAGAAGAGGGUUGAAAGUGCCUUAGCAGCUGCACACCUCCCUAAAGGAAAGUAUGACACCAUAAAGCCUGACGUGUUCACCGAGUCUGCCUUCAAGAUCUUCCUGACAAAUCUGUGUCCUCGGCCUGAGAUCUAUGAGAUCUUCACUUCUUACUCCAACAAGCCCACCAUGACGAAGGAAAAUUUCACAAAGUUCCUCAAUGAGAAGCAGAGGGAUUCCCGCCUCAAUGAGGAGCUGUACCCACGUCUGCGGCAAGACCAAAUCAAAGCUCUGAUCGACAAGUAUGAACCGUGCACCAACAGUUCCAACAGGGGUCUGAUUUCUCCCGAAGGACUUUUAUUCUACUUGAUGGGUCCAGAGACAUCCGUCGUCAUGCAGGACAAGCUGGCCAAGUGCCAGGACAUGUCCCAACCCAUACCUCACUAUUUCAUCAAGUCCUCCCAUAACACAUAUCUAACAGCUGGGCAGUUCUCUGGAGUUUCUUCUCCAGAGAUGUACCGUCAGUGCCUUUUGGCUGGCUGCCGCUGCCUGGAGUUGGACUGCUGGAAGGGGAAACCUCCAGAUGAGGAGCCCAUCAUUACACAUGGCUUCACCAUGACCACUGAGAUCCUUUUUAAGGAUGUGAUAGAAGCCAUCGCGGAGAGCGCCUUCAAGACCUCACAAUAUCCCGUCAUCCUCUCGUUCGAGAAUCACGUUGAUUCGGUGAAACAGCAAGAGAAGAUGGCCAACUACUGCAAAACCAUAUUCGGUGAUGCCCUGCUAACAGAGCCGCUAGACAAAUACCCUCUGAAGCCGGGCCAGCAGAUCCCCAGUCCCUCGGAGCUCAUGGGCAAGAUCCUCAUCAAAAACAAGAAAGGCAGUCACGACAAGCCGGCUCAGACGAAGAAAAACACGACAGCUGCUGAUCAGACCACAGUUGCAGCUGCGCCCCCCCAGGACUCAAGCACCCCUCCCCAGGAUGCAUCUAAUCCUGCAGCUACAACCCAAGAGAACCAAGCUGAGGGGGAGGCAGCUGUGGAGGAAAACGAGGAACAGGAAGAUACAGAAGAACAGGAUGAGGAAAAGAUGAAGACGUCAGAUGAGGGCACAGCGGGACAAGAAGUCACAGCUUAUGAGGCCAUGUCGUCUAUUGUGAACUACAUCCAGCCCAACAAAUUCAUCUCUUUUGAUAACGCCAGAAAGAAAAACAAAAGCUAUGUCAUCUCAUCAUUCGUGGAGACCAAGGGAGAAGCAAUGAUUUCCAAGACUGCUGUUGAAUUUGUGGAAUACAAUAAGAGGCAGAUGAGCAGGAUUUACCCCAAAGGAACAAGAAUGGACUCGUCUAACUACAGCCCUCAACCUUUUUGGAACGUUGGCUGCCAAAUGGUGGCGCUCAAUUACCAGACAAUGGAUUUCCCCAUGCAGCUGAACAUGGCUCUGUUUGAAUUCAACGGCAGAACAGGCUACAUGCUCAAACAUGACGUUCUGCGCCGCAGUGACAAGAAGUUUGACCCCUUCUGUGACCGGAUUGACACGGUUGUGGCAAGCACACUGACCAUAAAGAUCUAUUCAGGGCAGUUUCUAUCUGACAAGAAUGUGAAAACAGGGGUUGAAGUGGAGGUGAUUGGGCUGCCAGGAGACCCCAAGAAGAAAUACCGCACCAAGUGGUCCACCACACCCAAUGCCAUUAACCCCGUGUGGAAUGAGGAGCCUUUUGUAUUUGAGAAGAUUUUGCUCCCAGAAUUGGCCUCUCUAAGACUCGUAGUCCACGAAGAGAAUGGCAAAUUCUUGGGACACAGAAUCAUCCCACUUGAUGCCAUCCAGUCAGGUUUCCAUCACAUCUGCCUGCGCAGUGAGAGCAACAUGCCUCUCACUCUGCCUGCUCUCUUUGUGUUCAUCGAGGUCAAGGACUACAUACCUGCUGCCUUUGCAGAUUUCACGGACGCCUUAUUUAACCCUACAAAAGGCACAGAGAAGACCACAAAGACCCCCAAAGAGUCAUCCGCUGACUACAUUUCUCCUUACGAGUUGCCUCUUGUGGUCCAACCUCCCACAGACAAAGGCAAGGAAAGUGAAGCCCCUGCUGAAGAAAAGGCUGCAUCUGAGCCAAUACCACCCACUGACAACACUGACCAGUCAUCCCAGUCUCCCCCUGAAGCCAUUGCAGAAGAAAAUAAAGUAGAGGCAGACUCUCCACAGCCUGAGCCUCCUGAAACUCCUGAAACUACUCCAGGUGAGGAUGCAGCGAGCCCCACACCUGAAACCACUCCUGCCCUUGAGGAAGCUGCUCCUGAGAAAGAAGCAGAAGCAGAGGCAGAGGUGGCUCCCGAGGAACCAAGCCCUGACCUGGAUACAAACCCAGACCCUGCAACAGAUGAUAAGGAAACAUCAGAAACAGCUGGCCCUGCUGAAGAGCCAGCUUGUGAAGAGUCUACGUCUAAAGAGCAAACAUCUGAAGAGCAAAUCCCUGAAGAGCCAGCUUCUGAAGAGCCUGUUUCUGAAGAAGCAGCUGCCGUGGUGUUGCCCUGUCCAGCGAUUGCAUCUUCUGAGUCUGCAGAAUCAGAGCCUUCAACCGUGACCAUUGAACAACUGACUCAGCACAAGAACUAUCUGAAGGUCAUCAAGCGCCAGGAAAGAGAGAUGAAGGAAGCUGAAAAGAAGUAUCAAAAAAAGACUGAGGAUCUGAUUCAGAAAUACUCAGAAUCCUUCAAGGCUUACAAGAAGAAGGCCUCACUGAAGAAAAAAGAGGGAGCGGGCAACAGCUCUGAUAGCACUGUGAAGACGGAGCGGGUUCAGGAGCAGAAGGAAAAGAUGCAGGUUGAGGUACAGGCCCUGUGGACGGAGCAGUGUGAUCAGAUGAAGAAGAAGAAAGAGCAGUGUGCUACAGAGAGACUUACAAAACUGUUGGAGAUGGCCAUGGAGAGACACACCAGUGAACUGAAAGCCCUGGAGAGUGAAACUAAAGAAAAGAAGAAAUUGCUCUCAAAAGGUUCAUGCACAGAGAAGUCAAAGCUUAAAAGGGCAAUGAGCACAGAGGUGCUGGAUGAGACGAGUCAACCUGAUGCUGCAUCUUCAGAGUACACUCCACAACAAGAGGAUCUGGUGAAGAAACAAACUGCAACCAUAGAGGAAAUCAAGGGCCUGACUAAUCAGCUCAAUCAGGAGGCCCUGAGGGAGCACGCUCAGAAGCUGAGGUCUCUGCCAGCAGAAGUACGGGAGGCUGUUAACGUCUGCGUGAGCGCACAUUUCCCUGAACUGGUCGACGAAACUGGAGAGAAGAAAGUUGGGGGAGUGGGUUUCUACGGAGAUGUCUUCCUGGGUUAGAUGGACCUUUCCAUCCCAGAUCUUUUGGCGUAACCUGCACUCUCUCCAAACUUAGAAUAUUGCUGUCAAACUCUUUUAUUAUGUAACCUCAAGUCUGAACAUAAGUAUGAAUUCAUAGAAGAUGAUUCAGUUUGCAAAAUUUAAAGUGAAUUUUCAUUUUAGGUGUGCUUUUCAUAGUGAAAGGGUUCUUUUUAAGUUUUUGGUCAUUAAUAAUGUGCUGUGGUCUAAAGGUGGUUUUAAAGUCCCUUUCAUUUUCUGCUUGAUUAUGUCUGUUUCUUCUCACUAAUGAAAACCAUCUCUGAAUUAGUCCACACAGUUACAAACACCUUGAUGAAAGCCUUUGACUAAAAGCCUUGGCAUGGAGCUCCCCUUCCCACUCUCUUAUUUAGUUUUCUUUUUCUCUCUUUUUUUUAGAGGGGGAAAUAACUGUAGAAAGAAAAAUAUAGCAACAAAAAUGGAUUAUCACAGCCUGCAGACAGCCUGAGCAAGGCAGUGACUCCAUUUGUCACGCUAGAGCUUGAUUUUGUAUGUGAUGCUUUUUGGGGCCUCAGCAAAGCAUCCACUCAGACUCUGAUGUCACCACACAAACAGGUUUUUUGGACAAAAAGUGAAUUUAGUCUUUGGCAAUGAUGAAAAACCUAUAAAGCGUGAAAAGUGAAAGCAAGGGGCUUAUGUUUUUUUUUUUUUAUCAUUGCUUACUGUAGUGUUUCAACACUGCUUCAAUACUUUAAAGAAACCUUCCUCCUCAAGGUCUCAACGCCUUUUUUAAUGUUCUUCAUGUAAAUGGAUUUUAAAAAAUACGUGCAAAGUUUAGUUUCAAGAGGCAAAAAAAAAGAAAAAGGAUUAUGGUGAAUGGGGGCGUAGCAGAGGUCCAACACACCAGACUGUAAGCUAGUAGACCUAACUUCAUCUUCAGAUUUGCCUUGGUUCAAUUUCACUCAUUGUUUGGAGGUUUUGGUACCUAAAUACAUUGUUAAAGUGCAUUCAAAGCUGCUAAUUUGGGUAAAAUGAAUAAAUAAAUACAUUUUCUGCAAUAUAAAUCCUGUAGGCUACAAUGUGUCAAGAAUUUUUAAAGGCUCCUUUUUCUAGUUUAACGAAGUAACAUGACUCAUCUACAAAUUAAAAUUGAAAGCUUCCUGCUGAAAUCUACAGAUUUCUUGUUAAUUUGCUUGAAUAAAAACAUUUUUGUGUCCUGACUUAUUUCUCAAUGUACGAUGUAACAGGUCUGGUAUUUUUAUUGUCUUUGGGAUUGUUACUUAUUUU